AUGGCCGCGGAGCUGGCGAUGGGCGCCGAGCUGCCCAGCAGCCCGCUGGCCAUCGAAUACGUCAACGACUUCGACCUGAUGAAGUUCGAGGUGAAGAAGGAGCCGCCCGAGGCCGAGCGCUUCUGCCACCGCCUGCCGCCCGGCUCGCUGUCCUCGACGCCGCUCAGCACGCCCUGCUCCUCCGUGCCCUCCUCGCCCAGCUUCUGCGCGCCCAGCCCGGGCACCGGCGGCGGCGGCGGCGGCGCGGGGGGCGGCGGCGGCGCGGCGCAGGCCGGGACCGCCCCGGGGCCGACGAGCGGGGGCCCGGGCGCCGUCGGGGGCGCCUCGGGGAAGCCGGCGCUGGAGGAUCUGUACUGGAUGAGCGGCUACCAGCACCACCUCAACCCCGAGGCGCUCAACCUGACGCCCGAGGACGCGGUGGAGGCGCUCAUCGGCAGCGGCCACCACGCCGGGCACCACGGCGCGCACCACCCGGCGGCCGCCGCGGCCUACGAGGCUUUCCGGGGCCAGGGCUUCGCGGGCGGCGGCGGCGGCGGCGCGGACGACAUGGGCGCCGGCCACCACCACCACGGCGCGCAUCACGCCGCGCACCACCACCACGCCGCGCACCACCACCACCACCACCACCACCACCACGCCGGCGCGGGCCACCACUCCGGCGCGGGCCACGGCGGCGGCGGCGGCGGCGGCGCGGGCCACCACGUGCGCCUGGAGGAGCGCUUCUCCGACGACCAGCUGGUGUCCAUGUCGGUGCGCGAGCUGAACCGGCAGCUGCGCGGCUUCAGUAAGGAGGAGGUCAUCCGGCUGAAGCAGAAGCGGCGCACGCUCAAAAACCGCGGCUACGCGCAGUCCUGCCGCUUCAAGCGGGUGCAGCAGCGGCACAUUCUGGAGAGCGAGAAGUGCCAGCUCCAGAGCCAGGUGGAGCAGCUGAAGCUGGAGGUGGGGCGCCUGGCCAAGGAGCGGGACCUGUACAAGGAGAAAUACGAGAAGCUGGCGGGCCGGGGUGGCCCCGGGGGCGCGGGCGGGGCCGGCUUCCCGCGGGAGUCCUCGCCGCCGCAGGCCGGGCCGGGCGCGGCCAAGGGCGCCCCCGACUUCUUCCUGUGA